AAGGCUUUUUGUUUGUGGAUUGUCAUUAUUCCUUAUCACGAAGUAGAUUUCGUUCAAAGAUCAAGGAUAAUCUCGAAUAUCAAUUAGAAAAUAAAACUUUUGUGCUCACGCGUAAUAUCUCUGCUUUCGUCGGUAUAGUUAAAUCGAAGAAACGACAAAAUGUCUCUUAAACAAUUUUCUACUAAAGAAAUCGAAGAACACAAUGAUAAUAAAAGUACCUGGGUUGUGAUACAUAACAAAGUAUAUGAUUUAACUACGUUUUUGAACGAGCAUCCAGGUGGAGAAGAAGUUCUUCUGGAGCAAGCCGGAAAAAAUGCCAGCGAGGCUUUCGAAGACGUCCGUCACUCCAGUGAUGCUAGGGAACUCAUGAACAAAUACCAAAUUGGUGAACUGAUUGAGUCUGAACGUAAAGAGGUCCAUUCGAAAAAUGUAGAUUGGGGAACACCGUCUGAUGAAUCAGAAUCAACUAAUCAGAGCUCGUUCAAGUCAUGGGCUGUUCCAGUAAUUCUGGGAAUUUUGGCAACUAUUUUGUACCGUACAUACUUUCAAUCUUGAGAAGUAUUGGAUUGAUUGAUUUAAAGCAUUUACAUUUCUAGAAAAUUUAUUCCAUUGAUCUUAUAUAACUUCAUAUGUAAAUUUUAUUAAUACAGGAUGUAUUAAGUCUUUCUGUUCUUGUUUUACACUAAAGAAAAAUUAUAAAAUUAGUUUUAUAAUUA